GCAAAAGGUGUAGAAACGCUGAAGCACUCCAUUCUGUUUAUGAUUUCUAUUUAUGAUUGACGCUGCUGUUUAAAGCUAUAUUUUUUAAUGUCUGCCUUAUUUGUAUUAUUACACAGUUGGAGAGGACAGGGGAGAUAGGGUGGACAGCUCCGUGUCUAGUAGUUGUAGCCUGUAGCUAGUUAUACGUCUUCUGAGGAAGCGCCGACAGACGGACAGCUGUGCGAGUUCGCAUUUUCUAAUAAAACAGCAGCGCUAGCGAUGGCUUCGGCGUAGCAUUUCGUACUGUAUUUUUCAUACGGCGCCGAAGUCGACAUUGUGAAGGUUUUGUUCUGUGCUAGUUUCGUGGUGUCCGUGUGUUGGCAUGACAUAGCAGCUACGAGCAAGAGCCGCUUCGAUUAUGGGAACAUUCAGGUUUGAGGAACCCUGAUCCGAUUGGCUCCGGCACCGCCCUACCAGGUGACCCUACAGCCGGGGAGACGUGUAAGGAGACCCAGCCACAGCCUCCCCUGUCCAACAGUGCGUUGCACUGUGCCUACCACCACAACCAUGCCCACCCCCAGCGGCAGCCCCGAGAGAGAGGGCUCCACAGGGGGACCCAACCAGCUGCAGUGUCCCCCCUCCUCUCCCCCUGGCAUGGACCAUUCCAUGGGCAGCCCCCUCCUCAGCCCGGACUCAUCUUGCCAAGAUGCCAUGCUCUCAGCCCCCGCUGCCUCCCCUGCUGACUCGGAGAGCCUGAGCCCUGACGAGCUAGAGCUGCUGGCCAAGCUGGAGGAGCAGAACAGACUUCUGGAGGCAGACUCCAAGUCGAUGCGUUCGAUGAGCGGCUCGCGGCGGAACAGCGGCUCGUCCCUGGUGUCCAGCUCCUCUGCCUCGUCCAACCUGUCCCACCUGGAGGAGGACACCUGGAUCCUGUGGGGACGCAUCGUCAACGAGUGGGACGAAUGGAGACGCAAGAAGGACAAGCUGCUCAAGGAGCUGAUCCGUAAGGGCAUCCCACACCACUUCCGGGCCAUCGUGUGGCAGCUGCUUGGUAACGCCACAGACAUGCCAGUGAAGAACCAGUACUCUGAGCUGCUCAAGAUGUCCUCGCCCUGCGAAAAGCUCAUCCGCCGGGACAUCGCCCGCACCUACCCCGAGCAUGAGUUCUUCAAGGGCCAGGACAGCCUGGGUCAGGAGGUGCUCUUCAACGUCAUGAAGGCGUAUUCUCUGGUGGACCGGGAGGUGGGCUACUGCCAGGGCAGUGCCUUCAUCGUGGGCCUGCUGCUCAUGCAGAUGCCAGAGGAGGAGGCGUUCUGCGUGUUUGUGCGUCUGAUGCAGGAGUACCGUCUGAGGGAGCUUUUCAAACCAACCAUGGCUGAACUAGGCCUCUGUAUCUACCAGUUUGAAUACCUGCUGCAGGAGCAGCUCCCGGAGCUGAACGUCCACUUCCGUUCUCAGAGUUUCCACACCUCCAUGUACGCCUCCUCCUGGUUCCUGACUCUCUUCCUCACCUUCCUCCCCAUGCCCGUCGCCACACGCAUCUUCGAUAUCUUCAUGUACGAGGGUCUGGAGAUUAUAUUUCGUGUGGGCAUGGCCAUUCUGCAGUACAACCAGACUGACCUCAUCCAGCUGGAUAUGGAGGGCAUGUCUCAGCACUUCCAGAAGGUGAUCCCCCACCAGUUUGACAGCUGCCCAGACAAGCUGAUCCUGAGGGCCUACCAGGUCAAAUACAACCCCAAGAGGAUGAAGAAGUUGGAGAAAGAGUACACCACAAUCAAGAACAAAGAGAUGGAGGAGCAGAUAGAGAUCAAGAGGUUACGCACAGAGAACAGGCUUUUGAAGCAGAGGAUUGAGACAUUGGAGAAGGAAAGUGCUGCUCUAGCAGACAGGCUGAUACAGGGUCAGGUGACGCGGGCGCAGGAGGCGGAGGAGAACUACGUGAUCAAGCGGGAGCUGGCGGUGGUGAGGCAGCAGUUCAGCGUGACCAGCCAGAACCUGGAGAAAGCCCAGGACACCAUCGGAGAACUGCAGCGGGAGAAGUACACAGAGCAGUUUGUGACCGGUCUGCAGAUGCAGCUGGAGCAGUCCCGGCUGCAGGAGGCAGAGCUACUGGGGGCCCUCAAAGAGAUGCAGGACAAAGUACUGGACCUAGAGAAGAGGAGCAGCUCUCUGCCUGAUGAGAACAACGUGGCCCAGCUGCAGGAUGAGCUGAAGCUGGUGAAGCUCCGAGAGCUGGAGACACUGCACUCCUUCAGAGAGAUGCAGGACACGGUGACCGAGCUCAACCAGCGCUGGCAGCUCCACAUGUCAAAAGGUGGCGGGGGUCACUGGAAGGAAUCCCCCAAGAAGAAUGCCCUGAAUGAGCUGCAGGACAAGCUGAUGGGGGUGCGUCUGAGAGAGGCCCAAGCCCAGGCUGAACUCAGGGAGGUCAAACUCCAAGCCAUACAGCUGGAGAGCCAGAACCAGAUUCACAGCAAGCUGAUUGGGCGCCAUGAGGUGGAGAGCGCCGCCAUGCAGGAGAGGCUGCAGCAGCUGGCGAGCCAGAACAAGGGAAUGCUGGCCCAGCUCACCGAGAUGAAGAGGAAACAGGCCGAGCUCGACUGCAAGAGUAAAGAGGAAGUGAUGGCGGUGCGCUUGCGGGAGGCUGACAGCAUGGCCGCCAUGGCUGAGUUCAGACAGAAGAUAGCUGAGCUGGAGAUACAGAAGGAGGAGGGUCUGAUCCAGGGCCAGCUGAACCACUCUGACUCCAGGCAGUAUAUCACCCAGCUUCGAGACCAGAUCGGAGAGCUCAAGAAUGAGAUCAGGCAGCUCCGCGGGCAGCGCUCCAAGUUCGCUCCUAGUUCCCGGGGGGGCGGUGGCUACCCGGAUCUGUGUCUAGCUAGCCCCUCGUCAGCCGGAGGCGACUACCUGAGCUCGGAUGAGGACCUUCUCCCCAGCCCCAUCCCCCCUAACGCCAUGUACCCCGCACUGCCCCACCCCUCGGCCAGGCUGGACAGCGAGGGCAGCACCGACAGCGAAGCAGAGGCCCACCCGGACCACGGCCCCUCGCAGCAGCUCUACACUAGCAUGGUGUGUGCUGAGGUCCUGGACAACUGAGCCAUGGAGGUCCCUGGAACUACCUGGUCCUGUACUCAGUAUCUCUUUAGUAUUAGAGAUGCUGUACUCGCCCCAACUUUACUGUACUACUGUUUUCACCCUAAACUACUGUAACCUGUAACGGACAUUCUCCCCUCCUCCUCCUUCAUGUUGGUGCCAUGGUCUCUCCUCUUUUUGUCAUUCUCUUUUCUCCAUUUCCCCCUUUUACUUCUCUCUUCUCUCCUAUCUCUCUUCACUUAUCCCUCUCUUUAUCUCCCUCUCUCUCCUUCAAUCUCUUUCUCCUCUACAUUCUCACAGACCCUGUAUUCCCUAUGGGGGUUGAGUCAAUUCCAGUCCUAUUUCCCUGUCCUGUCCUGUCCUUGGCAUUAGUUUCCACACUGCACUCCGGUCCUGAGUGAAGAACAGAUAACUUCAGAAUGCUCGCUCACUGUGCAGCAAGCAUAUCCUAUCCGCACAGAAAGCCGAGAAAAUAAAAGGGAUUGAAAAUGGACCAAAAAAAUUGCUUUCAAUACUCCAACCAUACCACACAGCAGUGACUAUGAGAUGCAUAGGACAUCACUUUGAUUAAAUGAUUCCCCCUCAAGUUUGUAAGGACUUCAAUAUGGACUUGGGAUCGGUAAAAGAGGAUAUGGAUGGAUGACUUGUUGGGCUUGACCCUGCUCGUACUGUCCCGUGAGCGAGAUGUGGGACUUACUGUCUCCCUCCAUCUUUCUCUUUCCUCCUCCUUUUCUCUCUUUCUGUCUCUUUCUGUCAUUUCAUCAUUCCAAGAGGACCCAUUGGCCACCUGCACUGCCUGUCAACAUGGAAACAACCAUCCACUGUAACCUCACAAUGCACACUUCAAAACAAAUGAGAGCGAGAGGGAAUGAAGGAAGGAUAGAGGUAGGAAAGGAGUAUGGUAUGGACUUGUACACAUCAAUAUCAUAGGGAUGUUACUAGAUGACAUCACAUGCAUAGAUGAAUAUUAACAAUUUACCUUACUGAAAUAUGUUUGUUGUGUCUGUCUUGCAAAUGAAACAAGGCAAGUGAAUUACGAUGACUAAUGUCAACCACAAAAAAAUCUCAACGUUGCCAAAUCUUAGGUAAUUUUUCUGCUAUUAUUUAUGUUCUUAUUUAUUUUAAUAUUUUUUAUAUAUCUAUAUAAAUAUAUAGAUACCAACGGCGGCCAAACAUUAUAUAUACGUUGAGUUCCCUCGGUCCUUUGUGCCAACUUGAAUCCUGAGGCUGAGGUGUCAACAGACGGCGUCCUUGACGAUUCAUGUCAGAGAGACGGAACGAAUGCGCUGCUAUGAUUUUCCUUUUUUUCUCCCAGUCUUCUUUUAUGUUAUGUUCUAUCUGCUCGACAUGCAGUCGAACUUUACACCCCUUAGGAAUCAGUUGUGAGUGCGAAAGGUACUGGUAAGAAAUUGUUGAACGGUUAUGGCUAUGCUUCAUAAUGAUGUCUCUACCUAUGACUUAUGCAAUACCCACACAUAAACAACUCCUUUAUACUCUAUUUGAAAUGUGUUACGGCAUUUUUAAACCCUAAGAGCAUGUAUCAACCCACAAGUGUUUAUAAGAGGACAGCAAUGGCUCAGUCAAUCAUUCAUUUUGUCUAAUGGCGAGGCUGGAGUUUACUAGUUUGGGACUGCUUGGCAUGUGUCCGUCAAAAUGCUGUGUGAGUGACGUGAAGGGGUUCAUUUGAAGUUACCAACAAACAAAAAAGAGAAUUUGUUGAAAUUAAUCAGAGGCAAAAUAAUAAUCAUUUACCAGCUACAAGUGUACUGAUCAGAUCAUCAUAAAUAUCAUUAUCAAGUUGGACCAGGGUUAUCACUCUGUUUGUCUCUGUUCUGUUCUCUGUUGUUCUCGUCUCAGUCAUGGUGCUGUAUGAUGAAUUAUCAAUACCUCUCCUUCCAGAACAGCCAACGGUGACAUCACUUCCUCUUUCUACUGCCUGUUACCAAUAGGAUUUAGGGCUGGAUGGAAACAUUCAGUUGAACGUGUUGACUGAAAAUGUCUGACUAUCUGAUGCACGCUGUUACUACAGCUUCUGAUGGCUAAAAUGCACAGGUGUUAACAGACUGGGAGCAGUAUUUUGCCUAGUAUAUACCUCAUUGGCUAACUAUGUGGCAUAUCAUCCCAAUUGUCUUGAAUAUAUGACAUGCUUGUUAGAAUUAGCUUUAGCUCAGUCAUUAGGAGUGGGGAGACUAAUGCAUCGGCUUGGUGUCAUGUUUCCAAAGCAUUCAAAUGUUCUGUGUUUAUAUCAAUGGGACAGAGUUGAUCAUGGGAAUCGAUGAUAGCCAUCUGGAAAGAAGCUCCAUGUGGUUGCUAUCCCAAUGUCAAGGGGGAAAGGGUUCCAUACAAACUCUAUAUAGAUGGAAAGAGCAUUGUCCUACCUCUGUGGCAGACACUUCACAUAUCACAUUUUGAUAUAUUCUUACAACAGUGGAAGCAAAACGUAUUGUAUAAUUCAAUAAUAUUCCAUAUGACAACCUGAACUAAAGUAUUAAUAUAAAUUGAUCACAAGAAUAAUUGAGUUGAUUUGCUGAUGCAGAGGAUGUGUAGUAAUAUAUUCAGUAGGGUGAAAUACGAUCCUAAGAUUCUGGAUAUACGAUCCUAAGAUUCUGGAUAUACGAUAAUAAUAUUCUGGAUCUAAGAUUCUGGAUAUAUGAUCCUAAGAUUCUGGACAUACGAUCCUAAGAUUCUGGACAUACGAUCCUAAGAUUCUGGAUAUACGAUCCUAAGAUUCUGGAUAUACGAUCCUAAGAUUCUGGAUAUACGAUCCUAAGAUUCUGGAUAUACCAUCCUAAGAUUCUGGAUAUACGAUCCUAAGAUUCUGGAUAUACGAUCCUAAGAUUCUGGAUCUAAGAUUCUAGAUAUUGAUUCUAAGAUACUAGAUCUCCUCCUGACUUAAAGCAGUGAGUGCUGUUCUGGGAAUAUGGGAGUGGACGCUUAGAGUGGUUAGUGUAGCAAGCUAAGGCCCUGUCUCAUGUCAGUAUUAGUGAGAACGUGUAAGGUUUCUUGGUAGUAUUGAGGUACUGUAUAAUGCUAUGCCACCAAGCCUAUGCAUCCCAACUUUGUAUCAUGUUUUCUUGUGUUCAAAUUAUGCCAUGCACUCAGAUUUGGUGUGUGCCUGGUUUUUGUCACACAGUGAUGCUGAAUGACGGGGGAACCUGUCACCAACUGCCAAGGAAAUAAGGGAGCUCCUCUAAUGGGGUUCCACUGCCAUGUAGCCCAUCUUUCGCUCGCUCAAGUAUUACAAAUAACCACCUUUUUAGAGGUUAAACCAGUGCAGCAGCUGAAAUCACUGGUGUCUGGUGUAACAUCCUGGACCAGUCAGUUACGGCAUUACUUUAGCAAUGGGAGGGAGUUCGGAUGCCAUGUGUUGUCAACCUGUGGUAGAGUAUAGUUUUGGUCAGUGGUGGAAAAGGCCCUUGAGUCAUACCUGAGUAAAAGUAAAGAUACCUUUUUUAAUAGACAAUUACUCAAAUAAAAAGUGAGUCACCCAGUAAAAUACUACUUGAGUAAAGCUAUUUGGUUUUAAAUAUACAUCAGUAUCAAAAGUAAAAGUAUUAAUCAUUUCAAAUUCCCUACAUUAAGCAAACCAGACGGCACCAUUUUCUUGCUUUAAUUUUUUUUUUUACGGUUAGCCAGGGGCACACCGACACUCAGACAUAAUUUACAAACAAAGCAUUUGUGUUCAGUGAGUCCGCUAGAUCAGAGGCAAUAGGAAUGUUCUCUAGAUAAGUGAGUUAAUUUGAAAAAUUUCUUGUCCUGCUCAGCAUUCAAAAUGUAACGAGUACUUUUGCGUUUCAGAUGAAAUGUAUGGAGUAAAAAGUACAUUUAUUUUCUGUAACUUUUACGCCACUAAAUUCCUAAAGUUGUCAAAAAUAUAAAUAGUAAAGUACAGAUACCAAAAAACUACUAAAGUAGUACUUUAAAUUAUUUUUUAUAAAAGUACUUUACUCCACUAUUUAGACACUACUAGACAGUGUCUAAUUUACACAAAAUCUUGUGCACUCGCUCCACACUCGCAUAACACUAGGCUGUAUAACAACCCUGCAUAAUACAAACACUAUACUGCUGUUCAGAGAUGGUGCUUCGAUGCGGAGCUCCCCAGUGUCCCAACUACAACUGGUAGAACUGUGACUAAAAUACUUUUUGAUACACAUGAAGAUGCCCUCUGAUUCAGUAUUUGUCAUCCAUGUAGUUUUAUGAUUAGCGUUGGUAUGGCUAUUCUUUGAUCUGAACCAAGAUCAUGUUUAAAAUCUUAGGGUGUGUCGAAUGGUAGGGUUCCAUGUUUAAAUCUAGAUAGUGCCAUAAUGUAGGUAGAUUUAUACAUAGUAUAUCAAAUGCAAUUUCCAUAGUAUAUCAAAUGCAAUUUCCAUAGACAGUUCAGCAUUUGCACUCUGGUUUAGGGUGGUGUUCACCAAAAAUAUCUCAAAGGUGAAGGCCACUGUUGAGCUAGGACUGAAGGAUCCCCAAUACGUUUAAGAUUUUUAUUUAUUUAUAUAUAUAUAUAUAUAUAUAUAACCAUGUUAGAAUAAAACUGGAACACUACAUGCCGUUGUCUGUGUCUCAAAGAAGAGAGAAACAAAACAUGGAGACUCCCCCUUAAGGGCAGUGUCCUCCAUGCAUACCCUGGGUUGUAUUCAUUAGGGCACUCAAAGGAAAAUAUUUUAAAAUGUUCUGCAACAGAAAACAAAUAUGUGUGUUUCUUAUUGGACAAGUCCAUGAAGUACCUCCCGGUUUCAGUCACUUUUCUUCCAUUUGGUGCCUCAAACACAACCCUGGUGUAGGACAGGUCGGUAUCCACUUUACUCCCUCCAACCUUGUUCACUCUCUCUUGCAAUUCUACCAAUGUGUUGUCAAGUAUAUUAAUGACAGUAAUAAAGAUGAUAUUAAAGACAAUAUUAUGAAAAUA